UGUAGCCUCUAUACAUAUUUUCUUUCUACGGUUUUAUGAAUUUUGUAUACAUUUUAUGGAUUUUAUUUUGCGCCUAAAAGGAAGUGAAAUUAUGGGCAAAUGGGACAAAUGCAUUGGUUGUCAACUCAGAUCGAUCGCUCCACAUGUCGUAAAUUAAACUUUCGGGCUAGUACACUUUAUUGUCAUAUAGAAUUUCUUUACGAAACAAAGUAUUGCAUACAUAAUUUGGAGGUUAUGUGUACAACUAAUCGAUAACAUUUUGCACAUUUUUUCGUUUUUAAUAGGAUUUAGAUUAAUCUUUUAUAAUGGAAAAUUUAUUUAUCCAGAAUUAAAUGUGACGUCAUUGCUUAAAGAAUAAAUCUGUGAAUAGAAUGCAAAAAGAGUCCUUGAAGAAAUGUGCAUCGCAGUGAAGACGGUCUUUCGUUUGAUCUUUCGAAUCAUUUCGAAGAUCAAAUUAAAGUACGUUGCGCUGGGAAUUGGGACCAUCGCGGUGAUGGAUAUGUUUGGUGCCUUUACUCACAUAAUGGAAACCACAUAUGACGAGAGUUUUUCUUAUCCCUACGAUGGAGACGUUCAACCUUUCAUCUUCGCUCUUCGAAACAAACAAAAACCUGACGUUCCUCCCAUCAACGAGUAUAACCAUACCUUUCUUCUUACUCCACAAAGAACUUGUAACGAUUUGGAAUAUCUAUCUUUACGAAUCGUUUUCCUAGUGAAAUCAUCAAUGGAAAAUUUUGACCGAAGAAUCGCAAUCAGGAACUCAUGGGGCUUUGAAAAACGCUUUUUCGAUGUUUCAUCGAAAACCGUUUUCCUCCUGGGUAUUCGGCCAGGGGAGGAAGAACUACAAGCGAAAAUCAAACUCGAGUCCCAAAAGUAUCAGGACAUCGUCCAAGCCGAUUUUGUCGACUCUUACUUUAAUAACACGAUAAAAACUAUGACAGGAUUUAGAUGGGCUUCUGAAGAAUGUUCGAAUUCUAAAUUCUACAUGUUUGUUGACGAUGAUAUUUAUGUUUCGGUAAAGAACGUUUUGAGAUUCGUGAGAAACCCAGCCAAUUAUCCUGAUUAUUUGAAAGAAUCGAGGAGGUUUUCAGGAAGGAAGAGGGAAAUCAGAGAUUCAGACGUUCCGGACAAUUUUAAACUAUUAGAACGUGAGAGAAGAAUGUCGGCUAAAGAGAAGAUCGAACUAAGACGCAAACCCGGUUGGAGUUCUCACAAUAAGACUAAAUUUAUUUACGAGAAAGAAGAUUUGAAUACGACGAAUGUUGAUUCGGUAGAUUCUCUGAGAAGCUUUCAAAACCAGUCUAACUUUAAUAAAUCAUCAAAAAUACUCUCGAGGAAGAAGCGACAGGUUUUCGAUUUUGAAUUACCAGAUGAUGUUAGGUUGUAUUCAGGUUUUGUGUUUGUUUCGGCUCCACACAGACAUAAGACAUCUAAAUGGUAUGUUUCUCUCGAAGAAUAUCCUUAUCAUCUCUGGCCACCUUAUGUAACAGCGGGGUCAUACAUUCUCUCUAAAGAAGCGUUGCUGGACAUGUAUUAUACUAGCUUUUACACCAAGCACUUUAGAUUUGAUGACAUCUUCCUAGGUUUAGUGGCGAAGAAGGCAGACAUUGAACCGUUUCAUUGUGAAGAGUUUCAUUUCUACAAGAAAGAUUAUAAUAAAUAUAAUUACAAGUAUGUGGUCACGUCCCACGGUUAUGGGAAUCCGGAAGAACUGAUGGAAAUUUGGAACGAACAGAAGGCUAUGGGUAAUGCGUAGAUAGACUUUCAGGAAUAAAAAAUGGAUUAGACUGAAGCUACUAAGAAGAGAAAACAUAUCAUAUAUUCAAAUUUUUCUAGUCCAACGUGGAGGUAGAGUGAAUGAUAGUUUAUGCUAGAAAUCCCUAUUGUCACUGCAAAGAGAGUUUAUUCUUGUCACAAGUGUGAGAACAAAGUUAUGUGUUCUGUGAUAGAUAUUGGAAAUAUAAAAUGCUCUCAAUUCUUCUGUGAAGUAACCUUACAGCUAGUCCUAUUUUUUGCAUUUGUUUACUCACAUUUUUAUGCUGGUUACUUCAUUUUUGGUUUUGUCUUUAAACUACCAAUCUUGUUUUUCAUAAUAAACCUAUAUUUAUAUUAAUUAAUAUAAAAAUCCACGCUAAAUUUAUUGCUACAGUAGUCAUAAAAAACAUUUUAGGUAUGGAUCACGUCACUUUUAACUAUAGAAAGCUGUGGAAAACUGGAAAAUAUUAAUGUUAUAUUUCGUUACCGUACAUUACUUUUUAAGCAUUAAUCCUCAAACGGUACACUUCAACCCAGCUGUGUUUGCGUACAUGCCAACAAAAUGAAAACAUUUCAGGUGCGAAUUCGCACCAGUGUACCGUUUGAGGGUUGAAAAUAAAGUGCACCUGUUAGCUAGAAAAAUUAUUAAUGAUCCAAUAAAUUAUGUCAAUUUCACAGGAAGUUUAAUCUCAAUUUAUCACUUUUUUGUCACAAAUUGUGAUCGUAAUUUACAUCACUUUUUAUGAUGCAAAAGUAAGUGAAAACAUAUUUUUCAACACAAGAAUAUUUCUUACGGGUGAAAAGUCGUGUGAUCCAGGCUAUCUAUUGAAUCUGAAAAAUUGGAGAAGAGGGUAGAGGAGUUUAGUGCAUGUUAAAAAAUGUAAAUUUUAAUUUUUAUAUUGAACUUACUAUAUUUAGAAAAAUGUACAUACAGAACUAUUUAAACGAUUUGACACAUAUUUUGCACGAACGAGUGCAAUGCAGUCGUAAAUUGAAAAAGAGUGAAAAACAUUUUUUCGAAGACCUAAUGUGUUCUGAGGAUCUACGAUCCCUGUUGCAAAAAAAAAAAUUAAACUAUCCAUCAAUUUUCUAACAAAUUAUUCUAGCUUUAUGGUAAAAAUAUCAAAAUAUCGCUUUCAAUUUCAAUGAAAACUUUGUUGUAUUAUUAGAAUCAGUCUUAACAGGUAUGAAAUAAGAGGUAAAGGUGUUCCAAUAUGGCGAAGUUAUGUGAUUAACUCUAGAAUUUGAUCAUUAAUACUCUCUUAGUUAACUAGCAU